CGUAUAUUUUUACGUAAGUGUUUGUGCUUAGCAUUGUAUACUAACAAUGAACAGACUAUUUGUAGUAGACUUGUCAAAGAUCAGUGGCGCAUUGAAGAAGAAACUUUUUUAAGAAAAUUUGUUAUUAUUAAUUGAAAUGGCUUUGUGGCGCAUUUUGCCACCCAAGCUUAUAGAAUUAUCGAAAUAUACUUUAUCAAAAACACCAUGUCUUUACUAUCAUCCAAAAGUCUUAGAUCAUUAUGAUAAUCCUAGAAACGUAGGAAGUUUGGACAAAAAUGAUGAAAGCGUAGGAACAGGUUUAGUUGGAGCACCAGCAUGCGGAGAUGUUAUGAAACUUCAAAUUAAAGUUGAUGAUAAUGGUAAAAUCAUUGAUGCUAAGUUUAAAACUUUUGGAUGUGGUUCAGCCAUUGCAUCUAGUUCAUUAGCAACAGAAUGGGUUAAAGGAAAAACGGUUGAUGAAGCCUUAAAAUUGAAAAAUACUGAUAUUGCUAAGGAGCUUAGUCUCCCACCCGUUAAGCUGCAUUGUUCAAUGCUUGCAGAGGAUGCAAUUAAAGCUGCAUUGUCAGAUUAUAGAAUUAAACAACAAUCAAAGACAAGUGAUAAAUCUGACAAAUAAAAUUGUAUCCAAUUA